AUGUCUCAGGCAAACGACGACGAUUCCACGCCGCUACUAUCACGAGAUAGCCUUCGGGAAAGCUCCCUGGGCUUGACUUUACUGAAGUCAGACGAUUCAAAUGCAUCUAAGAAACCACCGGUGCAGCCACCGGUGCAGCCACAACCGCAGCAAGCGUUCCAGUCGACACCAUUGGGCCUCUCGAGCUCCAAGAAGAAUGCCAACAGCAAGAUCGGUCUACAACGAACGAGCCGCACCACGCUGAAAUUGAAGUUGCUACCGGAGGACCCUGAUCCCACAAGCUUCAACAACACCACGAGACGAGUCCACGCUGGCGAUGGCAAAGUCAAAGACAAGGGCGGCGACGAUGAUGAUGAUGAUGACGACGACGACAAUGACGAUGCGUUUUCGACACGACCCACGAGGGUAUAUUCUCAAGCCAAGAUGAUCACCGAUACUUCGGCACGGAAGGACGCCGAAACGUUGGGUAAGCUGCAUCGAGACUUGUUGCCUCGGGUGACUGCAUACUGUACUUGUGCCUCUUACAAGAUGAAGGAGUUGCUCAGAUGGUUAAAGGAUAGGAAAAGAAUCCAUAAUACCAGCGCCAAAUUGUUUGAUGAGUGUCUAUAUACCCCGUUUACAUAUAAGGACUGGAGGAGUGAUUCCUCAAACACCGAGGAUGGCAACGGGCACAAGCUAAUCAGGCUUGCCGAUGAAGGUGGGGAGAUUGAUAUCGGGAAACGGUCGGACUUGUUCAUUUUUGAAUACGGAGUAGCGAUAAUGUGGGGGUUCACCCAGAAGGAAGAAGCUGCGUUUUUGGAGGAUUUGGCGCGAUUUGAGCAGGAGAAGCUAUCAGCUGAAGAUAUACAAGUGGAGGAGUUCAACUACUACAUCACCAAGUCGUACCAGCCUCGGAUCUACAACGACUUUAUCACGUUGAGAGAUGACGACAACUACAUGCUCAAGCUCUCGAUAUCGCAUGCCUUGGCGCAGUCGGUCAAGAUCUCGCUAUUUGAAGAGUUGGUCGAUAACACCAUCGAGGAUACUCAGGACAUCCCGCUGCAAAUUGCCCGCACGGGUAAAGUUGAAAUGAAUCGAGACGAAAUCAUGAAGUCCAUUGGUGAGCUAUUUAUAUUGCGGAUUAACAUUAACCUACAUGGGUCGGUGUUGGACUCGCCCGAGUUGAUGUGGGCCGAGCCCCAUUUGGAGCCUAUAUACCAAGCCACGAGAGGUUAUCUUGAAAUCAACCAGCGUGUUGAGUUGUUGAACCAGAGGCUCGAGGUGAUUUCCGACUUGUUGCAGAUGUUGAAGGAGCAAUUGGGCCAUUCGCAUGAGGAGAGCUUGGAGUUUAUCGUGGUUGUCUUGGUUGGCAUUGAGGUGUUGGUUAGCAUCAUCAACAUCGUCAUUGACAUACUUACAUACUAA